CGGAAUUUUCAUUGGAAUAUUUGAAGACAUGGAAGUCCAACAGGGUUCCAACUUCCAAACAACUAUGAGUGAUAGCAUACAACAUCAACCUACUGAUACUUCAACUUUAGACGCGUCAACUGAAAGCAGUUCACAUCAGGAUCAUACAAAUGAUCAUGCGAAUGCACAUGAAUAUUCCGAAUAUACGGUUGAAAAAAACCAAGAAUAUCUUGAGUCCAUCAGAAGAGAAACCGCCGAAAAAACACCGCUCGUAUGUUCGACUGAAAGUAUUGAGAAUUUAUUAAAAGAAUAUCUGCAUGACCCAACAAUUCAUCAAACCGCACUCGAAACGUUGACUUAUACGAAAGUUCAACUUCUUCCGCUUUGGUAUGAAGAAUUGAUUUAUGAAGACAUGUAUGAAGAAGUCGAAGGACAUUUAAAAGCUAUUGUAGAAGGAAAAUAUGAUAUUGACAAAUUGUUAUCCAUCUUUCAAGAUGAAAGUAUCUCUAAUCAAAUAGUCAUGUAUCUUCGAUUUGUCACAACCGCCUACUUGAAAAAACAUUUUAAUGAAUACGAACCAUUUCUGGAUUGUGAUUUGGAAAUGGAUAAGUAUUGUAGUAAAUAUGUGGAAGGCAUGGAUAAAGAGGCCGACCAUAUUCAUGUCCUUGUAUUGACACGAGCUUUAAAAGUUCCUGUUGAAAUUGCAUAUAUGAGCAGCUCCGACGCGCUUGAUCAAGUCAAUUUUCAUGAAUUUUAUCCAGAAGAAGCCUCAAAAG